AUGGUUGCAUUGAAGAAGGGUUGGAGGGAGGGGUGCAGACCCUAUAUAGGAUUAGAUGGGUGUCAUUUAAAAUCAGUUCACAAAGGCCAGUUGCUUUCAGCUGUGGGGAUUGAUGGGAAUAAUGGGAUUUAUCCAGUUGCUGGGGCAGUUGUGGAAGUAGAAUCAAGGGAGACUUGGACUUGGUUUCUGGAAUUCUUGAGGGAGGAUUUGGACAUACAUCACAGCACUCAUUACACAUUCAUGAGUGACAAGCAAAAAGGGCUUGAGCAGGCUAUAAAGGAGUUAUUUCCAGAAGCUGCACACAGGAAUUGUGUGAGAUAUCUUCACAAUAACUUCAAAUUAGAUGGACAUCAAGGAUUGGAACUGAAACGGAAAUUGUGGGCUAUUGCUAGAAGCUACACAAUGAAUCAGUUCAGGGAUGCUUUGGAGGACAUGAAGAAAAUCUCAGUUUCUGGUUGGCAAUGGUGCAUGGACAAACCUGCACAACAUUGGUCAAAGUCACACUUUCACCCCAAAUUCAAGUGUGAUAUUCUGUUAAACAACCAUUCAGAAAGUUUCAACAAAAACAUCCUACCAGCUAGGAAGAAGCCCAUUCUUAGUUGUUUGGAAGACAUUAGAGCUACCACUAUGUUGAGGUUAGCUAAUAGAAGACAAUCUGGUCCUAAUUGGAGGUGUAAUGUUGGGCCAAGGAUUGAAAAACAGCUAAGGAAGAAUGCAGAGCUUAGCCAUGAGUACAGGGUUAUCAGUUCAAGUAAUAACAUCUUUGAGAUUCAAGGCAGAGGGGUAGCAUGUGCCUCAGGUGUGGUGGCUGCACAUUCAGUGUCAUUGGAUGCAAAGACCUGCACAUGUAAGGGAUGGGACAUCUCUGGGGUACCCUGUGGGCAUGCAGUAGCUACAAUUCACUAUAAAGGCAUGAGGCCUGAUGAUUUUGUGCGUGAAUACUUCACCAAGGACACCUAUAUGAAGCCAUAUGAGCCUCUCUUUUUUUCCAAUAGCUGGAGUGGCACAGUGGGACAAGAUACAUACACUACUAGCAAAAUAACAACACAUGCGGAUUUACUGUAG